CUCCAGCAAUAUUCACCUCAGCUGCCCCACAUGAGGUUGCUGUCGAUGUGAGCCAAUUGAAAGUGCCGGACGUGGACCCUCUCAAAUGCUUACUUCAGCACCCCGACCUCGGUGGGGUUGUUGAUGGAGUGACGACAUACCUGCGGAAUAAUGACUCGGGAUGUGUCAAUGCGAACUUCACUCUUAUCUCCCCAUAAGAUGUCCCUACGCCUCUCCCGGUCAGGUUCUGUUGCUUUGAUUUCCAAGCAUUGUACGCUUACACCAUCCACUCGGACACCGCACCAAUCGAGAGCCAUCACCACCUCCCUUCCCCCAUCGAACACCCUCUCCAACCGCCAUCAUGAGCACGGCAUCCAUAGAGUCCACACAAAACCCGCUGGCCGGCCUCUGGAAGCCGACGCACAUUAAUCGCCUCCACUACGGCUCUGGCAGCGUGCAAAAGCACCUCCUCGAAUGUCUCCCCGGCGACAAGUCCAAGGCCUUCAUCAUCACCGGCUCCUCUCUCGCGAACAAGACAUCCCUGAUCAAGCAGGUGGAAGAGCUGCUGGGCUCGAGGCAUGCCGCCACCUACUCCAAGAUUGGCCAGCAUGCGCCCAUCAAGCAGUUGGAUGAGGCGACGGAGUUGGUGAAGAAGGAUCAGAAUAUCGACACCAUCAUCUCCAUUGGUGGAGGCAGUCCGAUCGACUCAGCCAAGGCGAUCUCGCAUCGUUUGAAUGAGAAGUCGGGCAAGUAUUUGUUCCACAUCACCAUCCCGACUACCCUCUCCGCCGCCGAGUGCACCAUGAUUGCCGGAUACACGGAUGAGAGUGGACUCAAGACUGGCGUUGCCCAUCCGGAGUUGGUGACGCAUGUCGUCCUCUACGACUCCAAGUUCAUGCUGGAAACGCCGCCAUGGCUCAUGAUGAGCACCGCUAUGAGAUCAAUGGAUCAUGCAAUGGAGCUGAUGUACCACCCCACCUCCACCGAAAUGCCCUGCAAGGCACUGGCUCUGUACGCCGCCGGCCAACUGUACAACACCCUUCCCAAAUACAAGGCCAACCCUAAAGACGAGCAACUCAUCACGCGCCUCCAACUCGCCGCCUUUGCCUCCCUCGGCUUCAUCGCCCUCAACGUCAAAGGCGGCCUCGGCCUCUCUCACGCCCUUGGUUACGCUCUCGGCUCCCCUUACGGCAUCCCGCACGGCAUCACGUCCUGCUUGACGCUCGGGCACGUGGUGAAGCUCAAGGCCGACAGGUCGAAGGACGACGCGGCGCAGAUUGCGCGCAUGGCACCGCAGGUUGGCGUCACGGCUAGUGGCGACGAUGUUAAGGAUGCAAAGGCCGUGGGGGAUGCGAUUUUGGAUUUGGUGAAGCGAUUGGAUUUGAAGACUACUUUGACUGAGCAGAAGGUCGGGAAGGACCAGGUGCAUCAGAUUACGAAGUUGGCGUCGGGCAGUGAGAGUGGGGAUUUGUAUGACCAGGUCAAGGCGCUCGUUGAAGGACUGUAUUGAGGGUGGAGGGAGUGAUAAAUACUACCGUAUCUUU